UGAAAUGCGACGGGUUGGUCUUUCGGAGCGCGCGUGAACCGAAAUACAAAAAGUGUCUCACAGUGGCGACCGCUCGCGAGUUUUGUUUUUGGCCAAAAGCGAUUGCUAUAACGCUUAUUUGAUUAACUUGAAAAUCAAAAAAAUUGAAAAAUACACAUAACAACAAAAAGGAAACCCCUUCAAAUUUUGGUGUGGCAGACAAGUGGAAAAAUCAAACGAGCCCAAAAAAGACAACAUCAGCCAACGAAAAGUAUUAGGAGGAGGCCAAACCCAAAAAAAAGAGAGGACAAGUCAGUGGAGGACCCAUGCAAAUUCUGGUGAAAUCUCUUCUUUGGAGCUGGAGCUGGAGCUGCUAGAUACGACCGGCAGAUAGAGUGUGCUUGGGGAGCACAUUUCCGCACUUGGUGGGACACUGGGACGAGUCUGUUUGUUUAUUGCAACCAUCGCCGGGAUCCACACGAUGCCAGGCCACUUGCAGGCCAUAGAUCUUUGAGGCCGGGCCUGCAACAUUUGGAGAGCACCGCCGCCGGUUGCUGGUUGCAGCAAUCGCCAGAUAAAUUCUAAUAAAUAGCCAGACAACAGAAUACUUGGCAUAAAAAUAAAUAAGAGUCGAGCAACGUGGAACGUGGAACGCGGAACGAACAGCGCUCCGCACGCAUUAUUGCAACAGAUUCUUCGAUUUCGAUUUGUGUUUCGGCCGAGGUGCGGAGUGCAUUGGCCAGAUCGAACGGGUCAUAGUCCCCCUACCCCGGAUCCCCGAUCCCGGACUUCUCAGCCAACAUAGACGUAGGUCGCGGCCAAAAAGUGUUCCCGGCCAGAGGCAUUCGAAACCGGAGCGAGGUGUAUACUUUUGGCACCAUGGAGGGCGGUUACGUCAACGAAGCCAUCAUAUCCUAUUCCAAUCCCAAACUGCAAAUACCAUUAAUGGCAUCUGCAGUUUACGCGCCCACCACCACAUCAAUAUCAGCAGCCGGCACUCCGACAUCAGCCACCGCAGCCACAAACGCAUCCAAAAACGCAUCUGCUUCCGCUUCAUUAUCAUCACCGCCAGGUCCUUCGUCGUCGGCAGGAUCGGCUCCUGGCUCCUCCGCCCACGCGGGUGGAGGUCCUCUCCAAGGAUUCGUUGCCAAGUUGCGUAGUUUUAGAUUCGACGACACGAAAAACAUACGAAAACGUUUCCAUUUCGAUUACAUAUCAAAGGACAGAUUUUUGGGGGGUCAGCUCAAGACCAAGAAUGGCCAGAAAUACGUAUUCAACGGGCCGCCAUCGGGAUUCUACGUUUCCAAGGCGUGUUUGAUCAUCUCAGCCUUUGUGGCAGUCGUGGCCCUUCUCUUCACCAUUGCCAUAACCUACUUUGUGACCAGACAAGGAUUGAAUCCCAAGGAAGUGACUCCUAAUUGCAUCACCGCCGAUCAUCCCGAUGUGAAUGCCACGCCCAUCCAAACGGCUGGCUGGGUGAGCCUGAAUUCUCCCCCGCCCGCUCCCCUGGCCACGCCCACACCUACGCCCACUGGUACAACCUUGGCCACGUCCACGAGGGGCGAACCGCUCCCGUCAAGUGCGAAGCCCGAAACUAAAAUGCUGGUUCCACAAGUGGGUGACAUUCCGGUGGAAGUCGAGGAAAGCAGCACCAAUAAAUCCAACCAAUCUACCAAGCCCACAAGUCGUCCUUUGAAACUCUACGAAGGAUGGCGUCCACUUCACUACAGCCUGCUGAUUGAACCAAAUGCGGAGAAAUCGGUUAGCAACGGCAGCCUGACCAUCGAAAUCGAGCGGGAUGUGAGCGAGGUGACCAGCUGGGAGCCCAUCGUACUCGACGUUCACAAUGUCAGCAUCUCCAAUGUCCGGGUCAUCCGUGCCACUCCUGAUAAGGCGAUCAAUGCCACUGAGGAGCAGGAGUUGGACUUCGACAGCGAUUACGGCGACGACAAUACCACCUUUGUGAUCAACUUGGAGAAGGCUCUGGCCGAGGAGUCCCAGCUGAAGCUGCUGCUCAGUCUGGACUUUGUCAGCCAGGUGACGGACACGCUGCAGGGCGUCUACAAGACCAGCUACACCAAUCCAGACACCAAGAAGGAAGAGUGGAUGAUCAGCACCCAGUUCUCGCCCAUCGAUGCCCGUCGCGCCUUCCCCUGCUUCGAUCGUCCCGACAUGAAGGCCAACUUCUCCAUCAGCAUAGUCCGGAGUACGAUGUACAAGAUGUCCCUCUCGAACAUGCCCAAAUCGCACAGCAGUUCCUAUCGCCGGGGUUACGUGCGGGAUGACUUCGUGACCACGCCCAAGAUGCCCACCUACCUGGUGGCCUUCAUAGUGUCCAACAUGGUGGACUCGCAGUAUGCAGCUCUGGAUCGAGAAAUAAGUCCGCGGGUUGAGAUCUGGACCAGGCCAACGUUCGUGGGCAUGACCCACUAUGCCUACAAGAUGGUGCGAAAGUUCCUGCCCUACUACGAGGACUACUUCGGAGUGAAGAACAAGCUGCCCAAGAUCGAUCUGGUAUCUGUGCCCGACUUCGGUUUCGGCGCCAUGGAGAACUGGGGCCUGAUCACCUUCCGCGAUUCGGCGCUCCUGGUGCCCGAGGACCUGGAGUUGGCCUCCUCCUCGGAGCACAUGCAGUACGUGGCCCAGAUCAUUGCCCACGAGCUGGCCCACCAGUGGUUCGGCAACCUGGUGACCCCCAAGUGGUGGGACGACCUCUGGCUGAAAGAGGGCUUCGCCUGCUACAUGAGCUACAAGGCUUUGGAGCACGCCCACCCCGAGUUCCAGAUCAUGGACACCCUGACCACGCUGGAGUUCAAGGAGUCGAUGGAGCACGAUGCGGACAACACCACGCACGCCAUAUCCUUUGAUGUGCAGACCACCAGCGAUGUGCGGCGCAUCUUCGACCCGAUCAGCUACUCGAAGGGCACCAUCCUGCUGAGCAUGCUCAACUCGAUUGUAGGCGACGAGGCCUUCCGCUCGGCGACGCGGGAUCUGCUGAAGAGGUUCGCCUACGAUAACAUGGACAGGGACGACCUGUGGGCCAUCCUCACGCACCACGGCCACGAGCAGGGCACUCUGCCCAUGGACCUGAGUGUCAAGCAGAUCAUGGACUCGUGGAUCACGCAGCCCGGCUAUCCGGUGGUCAAUGUGGAGCGGCGGGGAUCCGAUCUGGUGCUGCGCCAGGAGCGCUACCUGCUGCCCUCUCGGAAUCCCGAGGACCACAGCCGCUGGUUCAUCCCCAUUACCUUCGAGACGGACGCGCUGCGCAAGGGCGACAACAUUCCCAGCCACUGGAUGAGGAGCCAGGACGACGAGGAGCUCGUCGUGAGCAACGUGUUUGGGCAGGGCAGCAACCCGGAGAACGUCAUCUACCUGAAUCUCAACCGGCAGGGCUACUACAGGGUCAACUACGACAUGACCUCCUGGCUGGCGCUCAAGAAGAACUUCAGCUCGCUGCCCAGGAUCACGAGGGCCCAGCUGUUGGACGACGCCCUGCACUUGUCGCAGGCGGAGUACCUCACCUACGAUAUACCAUUGACCUUCCUCAUGGAGCUGUUCGAUGCUGUGGAUGACGAGCUGCUGUGGAGCGCUGCCAAGCCAGGUCUCAACUAUCUCAUUAACAAUCUCAAAAGGGAGCCAGCCUUCGAGACUUUCAGGGCUUUCAUGAAGUUCAUUGUUCGUCCCGCCUUCGAACACUACGGCUUGAACGAGCCGGACAAUGAGUCCCACUUGCAGCUGAAACACCGCGCUUUGGUGGCCUACUUUGCCUGCAAAUUCAACUACGAUCGAUGCACUCAGUCGGCGCAGAUAAAGUUCCGCGAGUGGAUGCGCAAUCCCAAGAAGAAUCCCAUCAAGCCAAACCUCAAGUCUGUGAUUUACUGCACUUCUCUGGCCGAGGGCUCCUCGCCGGAAUGGUACUUUGCCUACAGGCAGUACAAGACGACCACGAGUGCUUCGGAGAAGGAGGAGAUACUGACCUCGCUGGGCUGCACCACCAAGCCCUGGCUGCUAUCAAAGUACCUCAACAUGACCAUCAACCCCACUUCAGGCAUAUUGAAGCAGGACGGAGCCUUGGCCUUCCGUGCAGUGGCCUCCAAUGCAAUUGGCCACGAGAUAGCCUUCGACUUUUUGCAGGGCAACAUCAAGGAGAUAGCAGACUACUAUGGCGAUGGCUUCUCCACUCUGUCCGAGAUGAUCAAGUCGCUGACCAUCUACAUGAACAAGGAUUACCACAAGCACCAACUUCUGGAACUGGCCGCCACAUGCCGGAAACUGGGCCUCCGGGCCGUGGAAUCGGCCAUCGAUUUGGCCAUCGAGCAGGUGAACAACAACAUCUAUUGGCGCAGCCACUCCUACCACAGCCUGAAGAACUUCCUCGAGGGCAUCGUUAGCGAGUUCCAGAUCAACAUCUUCUAGAUCAACAUUGGCAGAAGGGAAAACUCAAAUUGAUUUCAACCAAAAACGCGAUUUAGUUACUGUAUCUAUUACCAUUACUUGUAUUCGUGCGAAGGCCUCAAAUUAAUUUAAUGAACCGAAUUAUUUGCGAAAAGUGAUAUAAACAUGUAAGUUAGCCAGCAUAAUGAUAUAGGUAACCGAUUUACUUUUUGCAACUGUAUAUUUAUUUAUUUGUAAGUCGCGCUUCUUCAGCUUUUUGGCAAGGUUCCUACUAAAAAUAGAAAGUAACCGGAAAUUAGUUCGGAAUUCGAAUAACUCUCAUUCAUCACUUCAGGCAUCAGUUUAAGUCAACAAUAUCUGCCACGAAAUAUCUAAUGCUGCUUGUGUAAAAUCUAUAGUACUUUAUGUUCGUACACCAUUAGAUCCUAAGUGAAUCAAUUUAGCACUAAGUGAACCAAAAAUAUAUUUUGUAGUCGAUUCAAUCAAGGUGUUAAAAGGCCCUGGGAAGGAACAGCAGGAAAGGGUUGGAGUUUAGAAAGAUAUUGAAACUGAGUGUCCUUAUGCAUGGUUUAAAAUGUUUGCUAAAGCAAGGAUAGUACACACACAAAUAUAUUUAUUAAUGUACGAGUACCUAUUAUGUAUUUUGUAAAGCCCCACACGGAAAUACUUGUAUCGCUGCUGCACAACCAUGUAAAUAAGUUUUAAAGCUUAAACUAAACAUUUAAAUAAACUAUGUAUUUACGUAAUUUUAUUCAAAA